AUGCAGGGUUCAUCGAAGAGGCUAAGGUAACGAAAUAUUUAUUUGCCGGCCCACUUACUCUGAAAUUUUAUAAAUCAAAGAUGAAAACAAAUUUUGUCAGCAAAGCUCCAUACUGACUUUCGGUGAAUUUUGGUUUAGAAACAAUGAUUUUCACCGAUAACUAAACCGCCAAUAAAGUCAUGCUAAGAGAUAAUUUUGAGGACUAAGACGGACUAAGACGGACGCUUGAUCAUGAAAGAAAAAUAUUUUGCAACAGAUAAUAAAGGGAUACAAUGGUAAGCCUGGUUACUCGAUGCGAGUCCGAAAAUCAUUGUAAUGUUUUAAGCUGCAAGAACAAGACUUAAAUAUUUCAAAUGCAGAAUCGAUGUUAAUUUUUGCCCAAGAGAACAAGUCGUACUUUAAGGGUUUAGGGUUAGGGUUAGGGUUAGGGUUAGAUGGCGAUUUUAUCAAAAGUUCAUUAAAAAAUUUGCAUUUCUCUCAAUGUAAAAAAAAAAUAGAAAUGUGGUGAUUUCACCUACUUAACCUUUCUAAGCCUAUGUGCAGUGAAACUCCGUUAAUGCGACCACCGUCUGGCCACGGAGUAUAACGACUUGGUCGUAUAUACGGGUUUUCAAGAUAGUCGUUAAAAGUGGCCCCCUCACAAGUGUUUCGUGCUCACUCGUCUUUGCACCGUCGUCCCCACUAUCUGAAUAGCCUGCAUAACAGGCGCUUUAAUUUAUGAGCCAAGCGAGGCGAACGCGGCAUUGCGCGAAGCGAUAAACGAGCGGGAGGCCCGAGACGAGGGAAGAAAAUCGUCUCGCGAUUCGCGCAAAAUGCUGCGUUCGCCACGCUUGGCUCGUAAAGGACAUAAAGCGCCUGUUACGCAGGCAAGGCAGGAUUCCACUGUAAAAUAAAUAACUUAGUUUUGUUAGUUUGUUUGUUUUUUGAGAACUUCCACGACAUUUGUUUUUACGGACUGAGUGCUCUUACGAAGUAUAUUAGAACAUAUAUUUUGUGGUUUAAUUUUAUCCUUGGUUUAAAUUUUAUUUUCCUUUAUUUCAAAAUCAUUAUCAUCCAUUACCAAACAGUGACGGAUCCAAGACCUUCAGAUAAGCGGGGGGGCGGUCACAAAAAUAUAUUUUUUCUGCCCUUCGGGCCUCAGUUUGGGUUAAAAAUAAGGGGGGGCCCAAGGAUACAAUUGAACCACACACGCAACAUAUACAUGACGUUCUUACAAGCAAAUCUUUUUGUAUAUGAUUUGUGCCGUUUACCUUUGUCCGCAGAAACAUGCAGUUUACAACCAAAGAUGCCGACAACGAUCAGAACAACGGCAACUGCGCUGUGUUAUUCAGGGGAGCGUGGUGGUAUAAGUCUUGUUCUUGGGCAAAUCUCAAUGGAUUGUAUUAUGGUGGACCCUAUAGCAGUCAAGAAAGCGACGGAGCAAAAUGGAAAACGUUUAAAGGACACUUUUAUUCUUUAAAACGUACUGAGAUGAAGUUAAAACCCAAGCCGUAA